GAGACAUUAGCUGAAGUCCUGCACAUAUGGGCAAACCCAAACAAUGUUUAUGUGAGAGAUGGAAUACAAUCAACUUAAUUUUACACUUCAUUUAAUUCAUCUCUUGGACAAUAACAAUUACUUUCACUUGUUUUAACUGAUUGGUUAGUCCGAAUAUACAAUUAGGAAUCAACUUGGUCAACGCAAUAACACAAACAUUUAUUUGUUUAUUUAUCCUCAAAUGAUGAAUUGUGUUACAUGGUCGAUGCAUUUUUCUGGCCUCAGGUCCACAUAUACUUGUUCUAUUUUAACACAAUUUCUCCACUUUUAAUGCCAAAGAUCUCAUGUAUAGUACAAUAAAUCUCCCUUUCGAAAUUGUUAACGUUAUUGAAUAACUUGUUUAUUGUAAAUUUGACCUGUGAACUAUUUAUAUUUGACAAUUUUGAUUAUAUUUCCUUCAAAAAGUCUGGGCCAGAUUGCCAAACAAAACGUUGAAUUUACUUAAAGUUCAAUCGCCGAGAUUUUCACAAGUAUAAUUUUCCUCCUUAAUUUAAUAGUUAGUAGAUAUUUUGAGUUUCUCUCUCAACUUUGAAGUACAUAACUUGCAUGUACUUGUUACACAUCUUGUUUAAUUUAAUUUAGAUUUAUAAAUUUAUCGGUUAAUUUGCACUUGUUUUAUCAUACAGUUGUGAUGUUCCUCACUUAUUGAAUCCGAUUAGUGUUAGCAGUAUCGUCUAAGCAUCAGUUUUUGUGACUAAAUUCGUAGGAAUUUUUAAUGUAUUUCCCUUCAUACAGACUACUAGGCUGGAUGUGGUCGAAAUUAAGAUUUCCUUUUAAAUUUAAUCAUAUUUGCAUGGUAACUAAUUUUAUACUGUGCAAAAAAUAUUCUCACUAUUUUAUCAUUCAGCUCCAUUCGGAUCGUGAAAUUGGAACCUAUGUUUCUGAUCGAUAUUCUUACUAUGCGUUUCAGUUUUUGGAGUCUGUUACUCCUUCGAGCAAAAGAACAUUGUAUGAUUUUUCCCAAUUAUGCUCUUUCUCAUUAUGUCAAUCAACUGUUGUCACUCGAUCUGAUUUAUUCAGACGUGAUAUACGUCGCGUACUUGUUACAGACUUUUUUGGUAGCGUACGUCAUAUAAUCCCUGGACCAGUUAUAGAAAUUAACAAUUCCACUUUGUAUGAAAACAAUACAUUAAGUAAACACUGA